UUCAUUCUAAAUUCUAACAAUAGUUUGUGUUCUGAGAUUCAUCUCUUUAAUUUCUUGUCAAUAACUCCUCAAUAAACUAUUCAGAAAUGGCUGGAAUUGUGGUGGUCUUCGACUUCGACAAGACGAUCAUCGACGUGGACAGUGAUAAUUGGGUGGUGGAUGAGUUAGGCGCCACGGAUUUGUUCAAUCAACUUCUUCCCACUAUGCCCUGGAACUCUCUCAUGGAUAGGAUGAUGAAGGAGCUUCAUUCACAAGGAAAAACUAUUGAAGACAUUGAAGAGGUACUGAAACGUGUUCCCAUACACCCCAGGAUUGUCCCUGCCAUUAAAUCAGCUCAUGCAUUAGGGUGUGAUUUGAGAGUAGUAAGCGAUGCAAAUGUAUUCUUCAUUGAAACAAUCUUGAAACAUCUGGGUAUAAGGGAUUGCUUCUCGGAAAUCAACACGAACCCAGGCUAUUUUGAUGAUGAAGGCAGGCUUCAAAUCCUCCCUUACGUCGAUUUUCAAAAAUCCCCUCAUGGAUGUAAUCUCUGCCCUCCCAACAUGUGCAAGGGUCUGGUAGUAGAAAGAAUACAAGCCUCCAUAGCCAAGGAGGGGAAGAAAAGAAUGAUCUAUCUUGGCGAUGGAGUCGGCGAUUUUUGCCCCAGUUUGAAGCUCAGAGAAGGAGAUUUUGUUAUGCCAAGAAAAGAUUUCCCAGCCUGGAAUUUGAUAAAUGAAAACAGGACACUAGUAAAAGCAGCGGUUCACGAGUGGACUGAUGGGGAAGAGCUAGAGCACAUUCUGCUACAACUGAUUAACGGAAUCAACAUUGAAGAAAGCCAAUUGUUAUCAGUCGAGUGCAAGUUCCAGACAAUGUCCAAAGCAACUCACGGAGCCUUGCCACAUGCUCUUCCAGUACCUUACUAAUGGCAAGACUGCCCAAGCCAUUGUAAUUUAGCUUAACAAGUGAAACCCCAUUAAGAAUCUAAAUGAAAAUCCAUUGCUAGAGAGAUCUAUAUAACUGAUGUGGGCGGGCUACAAAAUAAAAGGAGUAUAGGUUAAAAAAAAAAAAAAAUUGUGUAGUAAGUUUGAAGUAAUUUUGCAAUAAAAUUUUCCUUGAACUGGCUAAAUAACACAAACCUUUAGUAAAAUAUGGUGUUUUAGAUGGAAGGGGAACCUUGAAGCAACGAUAAAGUUAGUCUCUACUAAUACUUGUGUCAAGAUAGGCUGUAUACCAUAGUACCAUACGUCCCCCCAACCCCCCGGCAGAGACACGUUCACUUCCAAUUGCAGGUUUUGUCCAUUCUUGUAUAUUUUAACUUUGCAUGCGACAACAAGUUGAGGUCUAAAAAGAAAUGGACCAUUACUCAGAAAAAAACAUACUGUCACUUGAUGUUGGAAGACUGGCAAUUAAAAAACCACUAGUAUACGUAUCCGCGCAUCUCAAAGAAAAAAAAAAGCAGAGAGAUAAUAGAAAUAAAUAUAUAUGAACCAUGUGUAAGAUAUUGCAGAUUUUAUAUUCUCAUUUUUUUUAGGAUCAAUCUUAUUGUAGACUAACAUUUUCUAUGGUACAUGUAGCUUCUAGUGCUUCAUUACUAAUCGUUUCUUCAAACAAAAUACAAUCUUUUAUACUCCAA